UGUAACGUGGGUGGGUGUGUGUCUCUUCAUGCUGCACUAGCCUGAAAACGAAUUCCUCAGGUGCCCAGGAUUACGGUAAUUGUUGGCAGAGGACACAAUCCCUCAGCCACUCGCGAGCGUCAGCCGGGGCCUGAUUUUCGUCCAGGAGCUCAAGAGGCCGGAAGUCAUCCUGAGGGAGGCGUAUGUGGAGAGAAGCAGCGGCCGCUGUUGGAGGAGACUGUCUUUAAGACUGGUUACUUCUGCAAGGAAGGAAAGAAGGAAGAGACUGAAAUCUCUGAAGAUUUGCAUGCUGCUGCAGAAUCCCUUGACCAUUUCCUGUCCUGCAGGAGUGUUAGGAUUGUUGGGACAGCCUGCUGUUUGCAUAAGGCCUAAUACCACUGAAACAAAACAAGGAGAGGAAGAUUGUGCCACAUUAGUGCAGAUUGACUUCCAGUGGCAGCUCUGGUGGUGUUGGAAUUGCUGCUGACCAUCACCAUCGACAGGUCUGCACCCUGCCCUGGGGAACCAUCCAUCCUCUCCCAGCUUGGUUGGUCUUCUGCACCCUGUGAUAUUGGCUGGGACUGGUAUUGGAAAGGAGGCUGAUUGAGUUCUGGACUGGUGUUGACUCUUAACUUUUGUUUCUACCUCUAUUGUCUGAAUCAUCUAGAGAUUACACAGUGUGAGGAUUCAGAACUGUGACAGAUCUGUGGUAGAGACUGAGACUUGGAUUGAGGUAUUUAACCAGGUCUUUUCUGUAACUGUACUAUGACUGGGGCUGAAGUUGAGCCUGUUGCCCAGGCCAAGCCUGAAAAGAAGCCUGGAGAAGAGGUUGUAGGUGGGGCUGAGAGAGAGAAUGAAGUUCCAAUGGUGGUCAGACCAAAGGUUAGGAACCAGGCAACAUCUGGGGCAAGGUCCAAAACUGAGUCCAAGGCAAUGGCUGGGGCAAGGCCUAAAACUGAGUCACAGACAGUGGCUGGAGCAAGGCCCAGAACGGAGUUGCAGCCAAUGGCUGGGGCAAGGCCUAAAACUGAAUUCCAGGCAAUGGCAGGAGCAAGGCCCAAAACUGAGGCCAGGGCAGUAGGCAAGGCACGUCCUAAGACUGAAGCCAGGGCAAUCCCUGGAGCAAGACCCAAAGAUGAAGCCCAAGUUUGGGCUCAGACUGAAUUUGGGGCUGAGGCAAUGUUGCAAGCAGAGGGCAUGCCCCAAACCAGUGUAGUAGCCUGGCCAUUGGUCAGUACCGAGUCUGGGUCAGUCACUAAACCUAUGGCCCUAUCCGUGGAUAGGGAACUGGUCAAUGUGGACAGUGAGACCUUUCCUAGCUCCCAGGUUCAGACAGGAAUCCAACCCUGGUUUGGGUCUGGGGAGGAAACUAGUAUGGGGUCUUGGUGCUAUCCCAGGGCUAAGGCCAGAGAGGAGGCUUCUAGUGAGUCUGGAUUCUGGUCAGCAGAUGAGACCUCUACAAUGUCGUCUUUUUGGGCUGGAGAAGAGGCCAGUAUCAGAUCAUGGCCUAGGGAAGAGGCCAAUACCAGGUCUAGGCACAGGGCCAAACAUCAGCCUAAUCCCAGAUCCAGGCCCAGAUCCAAGCAAGAUCCCUUUAUUGAUUCCUGGUCUGGGUCUGAGGAGGAGUCUGGCAACCCAUUCUGCUUGUGGGCUGGAGAAAAUACCAAUAACUUGUUCAGGUCCAGAAUCAGGGAUGAGGCAAAUAUGAGGUCCAAGCUCCGGGCAAAAAGAGAGGACUUCUUUGAAUCUGAGUCUGAAGAUGAGUACUAUAAGGAAUCUUGGUUUUUGCCUGAAGAAGAGGCCAAUAGUAGAUUCAGACCCAGAGACAAGGAAGAGCCUAAUACUGUCUUGAAGCCCAGGACCCAGAAAGUUGUUAAUAACAGUGACAGGGUCAAACAAGAACCCAGGUUUGAGGAGGAGGUCAUUAUUGGGUCCUGGUUCUGGGCAGAAAAAGAGGCCAGUAUGGAGGCUGGAGCUUCAGCCAUCUGUGAAUCUGAGGCAGGGGCUGAGGAGGGAGCCAUUGGUGGAUCGUUGUUCUGGACUGAGGAGAAUUCUAGUUUGGGAGCUGUGGCCAGAGAAGAGACCAGACCAGAGUCUGAAGAAGAGGCCAUAUUUGGGUCCUGGUUCUGGGACAGGGAUGAGGCCUGCUUUGACUUAAAUCCUCGUCCUGUGUACAAGGCUAGUCCCAGGUUCAGAGAUGCAGCUGAGGAAGAAGUUAACGUAUCUUCCAGGCCCAAAACCUGGGAAGAGGUCACUGUCGAAUUCAAACCUGGUCCUUGUCAUGGGGUUGGCUUCCCAUCCCCAAGCCCAUUUAGAAUUCCUGAAGAAGCAACAACAUCUGUAUACACUGAACUAUUUGAGGGAAAGCCCAAGAAUGUGGAAGUUACCCCAGAAGGGGAAGAGCAGGAAUCUUUGCUUCAGUCUGAUCAACCUGACUCUGAGUUCCCAUUUCAAUAUGAUCCAUCCUACCGGUCAGUCAGGGAAAUUCGGGAGCAUCUUAGGGCCAAGGAGAGUGCACAGCCUGAGAGUUGGUCCUGCAGCUGCAUACAGUGUGAGCUUAAAAUUGGUCCUGCAGAGUUUGAAGAACUCCUCCUAUUAAUGGACAAAAUACGAGAUCCUUUUAUUCAUGAAAUAUCUAAGAUUGCAAUGGGUAUGAGAACUGCUUCUCAAUUUACUCGUGAUUUCAUUCGUGAUUCAGGUGUUGUCUCACUUAUUGAAACCUUACUCAAUUAUCCCUCCUCCCGAGUUAGGACAAGUUUUCUGGAAAAUAUGAUUCACAUGGCUCCACCUUACCCAAAUCUGAACAUGAUUGAGACAUUUGUGUGUCAAGUGUGUGAGGAAACCCUUGCUCAUAGCGUGGGUUCCCCUGAGCAGGUGCUUGGGUUAAGGAUGCUUAGACACCUCACCUCAACUACUGACUAUCACACACUGGUUUCCAAUUAUAUGUCUGGAUUUCUUUCCUUAUUAACCACAGGCAAUGCAAGAACAAAGUUUCACGUUCUGAAAAUGCUAUUGAAUUUGUCUGAAAAUCCCAUGGUGGCAAAAAAACUGUUUAGUGCCAAGGCUCUAUCAAUAUUUGUGGGUCUCUUUAACAUAGAAGAGACAAAUGAUAACAUUCAAAUUGUUAUUAAAAUGUUUCAGAAUAUCAGUAAUAUUAUAAAAAAUGGAACAAUGGCCUUAAUUGAUGAUGAUUUCAGUCUUGAGCCGCUUAUUUCUGCGUUCCAUGAAUUUGAGAAGUUAGCUGAGGAACUGCAAGUCCAAAUAAACAAUCAAAGUGAUCCUGAGGUGGGACAGCAAAGCUAAUAUGAUUAUCCACCUGCCUCUGAUCAGCCUUAUGUUCCCAAAGAACCCUGAGUAGUGCUUUGGUUUUCAGUCUGGUUUUUUAUUGUAACUUAUACUUUAAUGCUGAUGUUAACGUUGUCCAAUUCUUUGUUUGAGCUGGAUCAUUUUGUGGAUGCCAAAUGAUUAUUAGUGCUGAAAAAAUUUGUUGAUAUUUGUCUUGCUGUCCAGAUUGCUGUAUUUUUCAGUAUUGAGCUUCUAGUGAACUGAGCCGCCUGUGUAAGUUACCGUGCUAUUCAUUGUUUAAACAUAUUGUUCUCUAUUUGAGUCAGUGUUUUAAAUAAAGUUCUGUGUG